AUGAAGAAGGGAACGUCAUCCUUCGGAAAGUGUCAGAAUAAGACGCACACAUUGUGCCGGCGCUGUGGCUCUAAGGCCUAUCACCUUCAAAAGUCAACUUGUGGCAAAUGUGGCUACCCUGCCAAGCACAAGAGAAAGUAUAACUGGAGCGCAAAGGCUAAACGGCAAAAGACCACCGCAACUGGGCGAAUGAGGCACCUAAAAACUGUGUAUCGCAGAUUGAGGCACGUAUUCCGUAAAGAAACAACACCUAAUCCCAAGACAGCAGCAGUUGCAGCGUCCAGCUCGUCUUGA